UGUAAAAAAGAGAGAGACUCACUCUCACUGCUAGCAUUUUUUUUUUUAGCCAAUUUCCAGCUAUGUUGUGUAUUGGUUGUAUUAGAGGAGGAGCAGCGAGGAGCGGCAGCGAGGAGCGGCAGCACAGCAGCAGCUGAACCUCCUGGCACCAGCGUGGGCUGCAAGUUUAUUCAGUUGUAUGUACAUAAGAUCAGCACCAUGGCUGACGAGCACCGCCGCCGCAGCCACAAGAAGAAACUGAAAAAGAAUAAGUUUCUGCGUCAGUUGAAGUUUCAUGCAAAAAAGGGAAAUCAUGGCAAAGGAAAACAACUGUCUGAAGAUGAAUAUAACUAUUAUCUACGUGUUUUCGAACAUAUGAAACAUGUGGAGGGUGAAGAGAAAGAGAUUCUAGUGCAAAACUUCUUUUGUGAACUAGUGCGAGAAGGGCAAGAGAAGAACCUAGCAAGUAACCAGAUCGUGUCACGUAUCUUAGAUGAUGUGUUACCCCUUGCUGAUGUCAAGCAAGUUCAAGCUUUGGCAAAGGUGUUUGCAGAGGAUCUCAGACCAAUAUGCACUGAUUCUUAUGCUUCACAUGUUUUGCAGACUUUGCUUACACUGUCAUUAAAGUAUGCACAGAAAGGUGCAGUGCAAAAGCAUUUUGAGGAAACUGAUGGAGGAGAGAUUAAGGAGAAUAUAGUAGCAGUCACAGAUGAACAACAAGAAGAAUUCAGCAAAUUCAUGCACAAGGUUGGAAGAUUUGUUUACAAUAACUUAGAAGACUUUGUAUGUCAUACCUAUGCCAGUCAUGUUGUACGGUCAGUGUUAGAAGUAUGUUCUGGUGUGGAAAUUCAAGAUGCUGUGAAGAGCAGCCAUCGAUCACAAACUAACCAUGCCUUGCUUAAAGAUGAGGGGAAUUUCCUGACAGUUCCAUCAGUAUUGAAACAAUUAGUGCAGGAUAUUGCUAUCAGAUUUACUAAAUUACCAAACCUUUCAGAAAUAAUCUGUAGUGAUUCUGGUUCAGCUGUGUUGCAAUCUUUGCUUCUGGUGCUGAAUGAUGUCGAGGAGACACUUUGUGAAACUUUAGUGGCUCAUAUUCUCCAACAUGGUUUUAAUGGAGUCAGUGCUUUCUACGAAGACAAAUUUGAAGUAGGUACGCAAGUCAAUAUUCCUCCUCUGUUCCAAGACAACCCAGCCACACGCCUACUGGAGGUUGUGGUAUUGUGUUCCACAAGUAACCAGCAGAUUGAGAUCUUUCAAAAAUACUUCAAGGGCCAUAUGGCAACAUUGGUUCAGCAUCACUCUGCAAAUUUUGCUGUACAGAAGAUUCUCUCAGCUUGGAAGGAAAAAGAUACGUUUUCGGAUGUGUUUGAUGAAGUAUGCGAAUCCCUUUUAGGAGCAGCUGGGACAAAUUAUAUGGGAGUAAUUCAUGCAUUUACCAAGGCUUGUUGCAGACAUACUAGAUACCAAUGGACAUGUGUGAAGACUUUGAUGCAGAUACUUGGGUGCUGGGAGCCAGAGACACUACAGAAACAGUUUGCUCCGUUGCUGUUGCGGAUGCUGACUUACGAAGACUAUCAGGCUCGACAGUCAGAGCACAACUUGCCUCCAGUGUCUCUACAUGGUGCUCUUAUUCUCCAGGAACUGUUGAAUUUUAGGAAGCCUAUCAAGGUAGCAAAGAGUUUGCUUGAGAUGAGUGUAGGAGACUUGAAAGGUAUGGCGUGUAACCCUCGUGGCUCUCAUGUUGUCGAUGCCAUCGUCUUGAGCACCACUCUAGGAUCUAAGACACGAAAUGAAUUUAUGGAGAAGUUUAAGGGACAAUACACAUCACUUGCAUGUUCCAAGCAUGGCUCACGAAGUUUGGAAGCAUUCUGGAAAGUGGCCAGCAUCAAACUCAAGACAAAGAUAUGUAAUGAACUUGUUGUAGAUGAACUGAAAUUAAAAGGCAAUGCAUUUGGUAUUAUAAUUUACAAUAAUUUCCUGGUGGAUAUGUUUAAAAGAGGAGACAAAUCUGACUGGCAGCAGCUUAUAGACAAAGCGGAGAAGAAACGGAAAAUGUUUGAUGACCUGUUGGUACCAGAUGAGGAAAGUGAACUUAAGAAAAAGAACAAAAAGAACAAGAAGAAAGAUCAGGUGAAAGAAAUAAGAGACACCCUUCAUGAUGAUAUUUUCUUUGAUACUUCGGGGGAUACUGCGCUUCUUGUUGAUACAUAAUUGUUCAUAUUGUAAAUAAAUUUAAUAAUAAAUAUUAAUGUAUUUUU